CCCGUGCACUGUCGGUGACGUCAAAGGGCUGGCGGAAGUAAUGGGACUCCUGGAACAGGAAGUGGCGGUGAAGAUUCAGGGAAGCGGUUUGGGUUGUUGACACUGAGUGAAAAUGGGGCUGUUCGGCAAAACGCAGGAGAGGCCGCCCAAGGAUCUGGUCAAUGAAUGGUCACUUAAAAUCCGCAAAGAAAUGCGAGUGAUUGACCGACAAAUAAGAGAUAUACAGAGGGAACAGGAGAAAGUCAAGCGCUCAAUCAAAGAAUCGGCCAAAAAAGGCAACAGGGAGGCCUGCGUGAUAUUGGCCAAAGAAGUGGUGCAGUCCAAGAAAGCUGUCAACAAACUGUAUGCGUCCAAGGCUCACAUGAACUCUGUGCUCAUGAGCAUGAAGAACCAACUGGCUGUUCUCCGAGUCUCCGGAUCGUUGCAGAAGAGCACAGAAGUGAUGAAGGCCAUGCAGAACCUGGUCAAAUUGCCCGAGAUUCAGGCAACCAUGAGAGAACUGUCCAAAGAAAUGAUGAAGGCAGGUAUAAUAGAAGAAAUGCUGGAAGACACAUUUGAAGGAAUGGAAGACCAGGAUGAGAUGGAGGAACAGGCUGAGAUGGAAAUCGAUAGGAUCCUGUUUGAAGUCACAGCAGGGGCCUUGGGGAAAGCUCCCAGCAAAGUCACAGAUGCCUUACCGGAGCCUGAGAUCACAGGGGCCAUGGCUGCAUCUGAUGAAGAGGAGGAGGAGGACCUGGAGGCCAUGCACUCACGACUGGCAGCCCUCAGGAGUUAAGGAUGCACUGUACAUAUUCUCAUUCUUGAAGACUUCCUGUGGAUUCCGCCGAAUCCUUGAUGAAAUUUACAUAUGCAAAUUCAGAUUUGGUUUGGCCAGGCACAAGGAUUCGGCCGAAUCCUGCUGAAAAAGGCAGAAUACUGUCUGAAUACCGAACCAAAUCCUGAAUUUGAUGCAUCCCUAUUAUAAACAGUGACUAGUGAUGUCAUCAGCUAUAAACAGUGAGUUCUGAUGUCAUUUUUGUCACAUGACUCACUGAAACUUGUGUAUUAUAAUAAAUAAAGUACCUCUUGUUGGAAAAUAUGAAGAUAUUCAAAGUCACCUCGGAGUUCCAUGACCUGUAAAAAAACACUCGUAUGUGGUCAUGGAACUUCUCUGUGACUUAUAAUAUCCUUAUAUUUUACAAUAGGGGGUACUUUAUUCACUAUAUGUCUUUAUACAGAUGUGGCCUAACCUUUCCUCCAUCCAUGUCGAUCUCUCUCUGCUUUGUAACAAAUAACCCAGACCUGACAGAUCUCUGCUGUUCCUAUUGGGUAUGGCACGUUUUUGCAGUGUGCUCCUCUCCUUGCUGCUUAAAGGGGAACUAUCACAAAUAUUUUAAUGUAAUAUAAGCUUCAUCAUACUAAAAUAAGAAACUUUGUAAAUACAAUUAAAUUAAUCAAUUAAAAAUUCACUUCUGUUUCUGA